AUGAAACUUACUAUUAUCUUUUCGGCUAUCUGCACCUUUCUAGGUGGAGUAUAUGCAAGCUUCUUGGAUGUUGAAGAAUCAAACGUGUAUUGCGCCACCAUUGCUAAGAUUUGUUCUGAUCUCGACAAUGCCAGCGCUUAUUUCAGCCAUCUAAAAUCUUCGGAUAGGGUGACACCUCCUACUCAGUUGGCUUUGGAGCUAAUUGAAGGCUUAGAUCAUAUGCAAUUUUUUAUGAAGGAUGUAUCUUCCAUGGAUCUUACUUCAUAUCCGCAGUUGAAACCACUUAAAUUGAUCAUUCCUGCAAUUCAGAACGGAUUGCAGGACCAAGCCGCAACAUUGGAGAAACAACUUGCAAGAGGUGAAGUUGAUGAUGGAAUUCGGUCUAGAAUCGAUUCCAUUUCGAAAGGUCUGGCGCAGGCGACCAGUAAGCUCAAUGAUGGUAAUUGGGCAGCGCCCUGUGACUUGAAUGAGCAUGUGAAGCUUGGUUUUUUGACCAGCUAUUUCUGUAGUCUUGCCAUUGCUCUUCAGAUCUUUAUUGGAGUUCUCAACUUAUUCAACCUUUUGAGUUCUGUCAUAGCUGUUCUUCAACUGAUAUGCAUCCUCCGUCCAUAG